AGGCCUGCUCUGCAAAGAAAUAGUCUGCUUAAUAAUGUCAUCAUGAAAUUUAAGAGACCAAGAAUCAGUCCUCCUCCAUCUCAGAGUUAUGCCAGUCUUGGAGACGUGGAGUGUGACUUCUGUACUGGUAAGAAGUUCAGAGCGGUGAAGUCCUGUCUCACCUGCCUGGCCUCCUACUGUCAGACUCACCUGCAGCUUCACUACGAAGGAGACGCCCUGAAGCACCACAAGCUGGUUGAUCCUGAUAGCAAUCUGAAGGAGAAACUCUGUGAGAAACAUCAGAAAAGUCUGGAGAUAUUCUGUAAAACUGAUGACUCCUGUAUCUGCAUGAUGUGUGUGGUUACUGGACAUAAUGGUCAUAAAAUGGUUGAGCUGGAGACAGAGAGGAAAGAAAAACAGCCUCGGUCCUGACCCCUGACUGAUAAUCGAGGUUUUACUGGACCUUAUAAACCUGAUGUUUCAAGUUCAGAGCAUUGGCUGCUGGAGUCCAUCCUGGUGAGACUGUGUGCAAGUCAUGAAGCAGCUCAAGAUAAGAUCCCCAAUAUGGCCCACAAACAACUGAGUUCUCUCCUUACAGCCAGCUGAGUUUCUUUCUGCUCUGAUCAGUUUUUCUUUUGAGUACCUAAGGCAGUGGUAGGCCAACUAUUGCCUGCUGUCUAGAAAUGUCCACUGGCAGGGGUGUGAGCGUCAUGUGGGCUACGCGUAGAAAUGUCUGACAUUCGGACCCUCCUGAGGUGUUCUUAACAAGAUGAUGUUACAGUUGGCAGUCUGACCAUCUAAGCCAAAUUUAAAAUCAACCAGAACUGCUACACAACCUCAAUGUACAGUAAGUUCAGAUAAAGACACUUAACUUCAGUCCACCAUUUGGUGUUUCUUCUGAUAAAGGACUAGUGUCACAUCGGCUCUGUCAGGUCUCAGUAAGUGACACAAAUGUGGCCGAGUCCUCGCUGGAAUAUUAAAAGAGCUCGGCUCACAGGUGAACACACGUUUAGAAACCAACUUCUUAAACAACAAUGAAGUCUAUAAAGUUGCCAGAUAUUUUUCAGUUUAAUAUGAAUCAGGUCAUUAAUAUCAGCUCCUAAUUUUUUGAUUUAUUUGUGUUUUCUGUUGUUUGGCUUUCACUUGACUUGGAUUGAUUUACAUAAAUCAGUUCUUCAGAUGUCCCUGAAAGCAGAAAUAUAACACUGCACAACAAAGUUUUUGCUUCUUGAACACUGU